GUGCUCCUGAAGCUGUGACAUGCCAGCCCCAGGUGCGAGGAGCCCCGCAGCCCCCCAGCCCCUGCACCCAUCUGCUGCAGAACGGCGCCGGGCGGGGGCCAGACCCAGGCGGUGCCAAUGGGGAGGCGGGGAAUGGGGUCUUCCGCCCCCUCCCCCGCACUCAGAAGCCCCACCGAACGCAUCACUCCAUCAACAGCCAGAGCAGCAAGAAGAGCAAGGGCAGCUCCAAGUCGGCCUCUUCCCACAUACCCAUUGAGGCACAAGAAGAUUGCUGCGUCCACUGCAUCCUCUCCUGCCUCUUCUGCGAGUUCCUGACCCUCUGCAACAUCGUGCUGGACUGCGCCACCUGCGGCUCCUGCACCUCUGAGGACUCCUGCAUCUGCUGCUGCUGCUGCAACUCGGGGGAGUGUGCGGACUGCGACCUGCCCUGCGACAUGGACUGCGGCAUCAUCGACGCCUGCUGCGAGUCCGCCGACUGCCUGGAGAUCUGCAUGGAGUGCUGCGGGCUCUGCUUCUCCUCCUGA